AUGGUGAGCUCCGCGCGCCCCAGCGACGUGGGCAUUCUGGCCAUGGAAGUGCAUUUUCCCUCGGACUAUGUAGAUCAGCGCGAGAUGGAGACCUUCGACGGUGUUGGCAGCGGCAAGUACACGUUGGGACUGGGCCAAUUGGGCAUGGCUGUUCCUGGAGACCGUGAAGACGUCAAUGCACUGGCGCUGACUGCCGUCUCGAGGCUAAUGAGCAAGUUUCAAGUGGCUCCUGAGCAAGUUGGACGCUUGGAAGUGGGCACGGAGACGCUAGUGGACAAGAGCAAGUCCACUAAGACUGUCCUCAUGCAGCUGUUUGAAGAUAACGCAGAUGUGGAUGGAGCUACAGUCAUCAACGCCUGCUAUGGUGGCACUGCGGCGCUACUAAACGCUGUAGCGUGGAUUGACAGCUCUUUCUGGGACGGAAGAUACGCGAUUGCAGUGGCUACUGACAUUGCAGUGUACGCCAAGGGACCUGCACGUCCCAGUGGCGGCUGUGGAGCUGUAGCCAUGCUCAUUGGACCGGAUGCGCCCAUGGUAUUGGACUGCAGGACCAAGUCCACCCACGCGACGAACGUCUGGGACUUUUACAAGCCAAAUGUGAGCAGCGAGUACCCAACAGUGGACGGUAAGCUGUCCAAUUCGUGUUAUCUCCACGCUCUGGAUGAAUGCUAUCAACUCUUCUGCAAGAAGAGCGAGGCGGCAGUAAAGGUCGACGGGGACGAACCUGGUGUGGCUUCUGUGGACUACGCGGUGUUCCACUCGCCAUACAACAAACUAGUGCAAAAGUCCUUCGCUCGUCUCCUUUUCCUGGACUCGAGACGCUUGUUACACACGGAAGAUGAAGCUGCCAAAGAGAAGUUCGCUCCGUUGGCCAAAUGGGUUCACACGCCACUAGACGAGACUCUGAACGAUCGCGAACUGGAUCUAGCAGCUCGUGGAGUGGCCAAGGAAGACUUCACGACGAAAGUAUCACCUAGCUGCACCACUUCGCAGCAGCUGGGCAACUGCUACACUGCCGCAGUCUACAUGAACCUGGCUACGUUGGUGCAUGCGCGUGCCAAAGACCUGGCACUCGGCUCUCGAGUGCUGAUGUUCUCGUACGGAUCAGGCAGCAUCGCCACCAUGUUUGUACUGCGCACACGCGAGCCUACAGAGAGCAACUUCUCACUGGAAAAGAUCGCCAACUCUCUGGAUCUCACAGCUCGUCUUGAACGUCGCAGCAAAAAGACUCCAGCGGAGUACACGGCACGUAUGACGCUGCGUGAAAGAACUUAUGGCGCUAAGAGCGGCGUGAAGCUCAUACAGUCGAUUGCUUCCAUCCCUGAAGGAGAUUUCUACCUCGACCAGAUUGACGACGUGGGUCGUCGUUUCUACGCUCGCUCAAAGCCCCAAGUCACAUCUGAAGGCGACAACCAGGAGCAGCAACGCUUGAUCAGGACAACACAGGAGCUUGCUGGUGCUGUGUAUGUGGCUGGUACGAGUGUGGGGCUUCCUGGUCAAGCCAAGGCGUUUGAAGGAGAGAAGUCUGUUGAGAAGCUUCUACGAGGCGAGAACUGCAUCUUGGAGCUCUCCGAUGCGCAGAAGGACAGGAUGGUAGCCCAGAACAUCGUACAAGUCCACAAGGACAGGAUCACGGGCGAUCUGACGCGUACUCCGGUUUCUACGCACGAUAUAUGCAUCCAAGUGUCUGCUGUUGUGAGCGACGUCGACCUCGAGAAGGAUUAUGGGAUUGCCGCUACUAUUGCGAACUCUAUGGACAAAUCCACGCAGCUGGCGGUGGCUGCUGGUCUCGAGGCCGUCCGUAGUGCUGGUCUUGUCGACGGAACUGACGGGAACUGGCGCUUGCCUGAAAGUAUGCGCGACUCUACUGGUGUCAUUUACGCUUCGUCCUUCCCGACUAUAAACGCGGCGGUGUCGGAGACCUCGCGUUACUAUGAAGAGAAGAAGGAGGGCGAGUCUACGUACGAGAUGGACCGCAAGAUCCUCUUCCGACUGCUGGUGCUAGCGAACGCUCAAGUCGCUCAGCUUACCGGAGCUCGCGGUCUCAACACACAGAUCAACGCAGCGUGUGCUGGUGCCACGCAGGCUAUUGGUGUGGCUCAGGAUUGGAUUAACUCUGGAAAAUGCCAGCGUGUCAUUGUGGUGUCCAGUGAUACUGCUAGCUCGAAGACGAUGAUGCCACUGAUUGGUGGUGGAUUCCGUGCGCUUGGUGCUGCUUGUAUCGCUCCGACGGCGGAGGCAGCGGCUCGUCCGUUCGACGUGAAGCGCAGUGGAAUGAUUGUCGGUAGUGGAGCGAUCGGCGUCGUGCUGGAGUCUCCAUUGGCCUUUGCAGAGCGUCCAGUUGCAGGAUCUACGGCUGUGCGUCUGCUUGCCACUCAGUUCAGCAAUUCUGCUUAUCACGGCGCUGCAUUGGAGCCGAACCACGUUGGCCGAGAACUGGAACGCUUCUUGCAACGUGUAGAGACAGACUUUGGUAUUACACGUGAGGAGAUCGCCUCCAACGGAGUCUACUACAGUCACGAGACGGGCACCAAUGCGUCGCCCAAGUCUUCGUGCGCUUACACUGAAGUGACUGCAUUGCGCACAGCUUUCGGCUCCGAGCUGUUGACUGAGUUGGUGAUCGCAAACACGAAGGGCUUUACUGGUCACCCCAUGGCUGUGUCUUUCGAGGACGUAGCAGCAAUCGAGGGACUCCGUCGCGGACGUGUAGCGCCAGUGGUGCACUUUGAGACCCACGACCCGAACCUGGGCGAGACUCCUCUUCGUCUCGCCACGGGAAAAGCUUACGCUCACAAAUACGCUCUGCGAUUUGCUGCAGGCUUCGGCUCGCAGCUUGCGUUCUCCCUCUACACGCUCGCCCAUUGA